ACUCACUUGCUUACUCAUCAUCCAUCAUCUUCAUUUCACAACCUGAUAACAAUGGCGUCAAAUUUCUCCACAAAAAUUCCGUCACUCUCUGCAAUUUUCUCUGUUUACACAUCUCUCUCUGCCUUCACGAUCCUCUUCAAAACCAUUCUCCAUGAGAUCAUUCCCGUCAAAAUCCGUGACUUUCUCAUCUCCAAAUUCACAGACUACUUUUCUUCUUAUUUCAACUUCAAUUUCACGUUCAUCAUCGAGGAACAGAGCGAUUACGUUAUGAAUCAGACUUUCCGUGCAGCUCAAGUUUACUUGCCAACUCUUCUCUCAAGAAUCUCCACCAGAAGUCUCCUGGUCAGUUCGAGCGACCUCAAGAAUCCGUUGGCUAAACCCAAAUUCGGAAUCCCGGUUAAAGCCAAAAUCAUCGAUGAUUUCAAAGGGAUUCGUCUUGAAUGGACUCUUCUCUCUGCAAAAGAUAAUGAUAAUCCUUACCAGAGUAAACGAAAACGGUACUUUCAUUUGACGUGUAAGAAUGAGUUUAGGGACAAGAUCAUGUCAGAUUACUUCACAUACAUUGCAAAAUCAUCGGUGAAGAUAUUGACACAUAAAGAAAAUCUCAAUAUCUACAAUUACAAUCCAGAUUGUCAGAGAUGGGAAUCAGCAAUUUUCCAACAUCACACCACAUUUGAAACAUUAGCAAUGGAACCUGAGCUCAAGAACACAUUGAUCCGUGACUUGGAAACGCGUAUCUAUGAUCUUCAGAUUCAGAGCGUUAAAGAUGAUGCAAUGCUUAGACAGAUUCUCACUUUGACUGAGAACCGCUCCAUUCUUCUCAUCGAAGAUCUUGAUUGCAGUGGAGCAGAUGCUACUUGUAGAUAUGAAAACAAAGAUGAAACAGAACAUAGCGAGAAACAGAACAACAAGAAGAAUGAUCCUAAGGUAACUUUGUCUGGUCUACUAAACUUUGUAGACGGGUUAUGGUCAAGCUGUGUAGAAGAAAGGAUCAUAGUAUUCACAACGAACCAUAAGGAGAAACUCGAUCCGGCAUUGCUGAGACCAGGAAGAAUGGAUAUGUUGCUUGAGGUGAAAACAACUCCAGCUGAGAUCACAGAGCAGCUUAUGGUAAGCAAGAAUCCGGAUGCUACGCUUAAGGGUCUUGUUGAGUUUCUUGAAAGCAAGAAGAUGACUAAAGAGAGUGUUGAUACUGAAACUAAAGAAGCAGAGGCAUGAAGCUUCAAGGAACCAUGGAAGUAGUUUACCUCUAAUUAUGCAGUAAAUAACUUGUAGCUAG